AUGGGUAGGAAGCCAACUAAGAAAAAAUCCUUUUUCAAGGUCCUGCUUGGUGACUUCUCUAAUCAUCUGCGUAUACCGCCCAAGUUUACCAAGAACCACAUCCAACCAUCACUUUGCAAAUGUGUUCUUAGAGGCCCUAGUGGACAACGAUGUGAUGUGGAACUGGAAAGGAGAGAGAAUGGCUUGUUCUUCCACAAUCAUGGUUGGCAUCGCUUUGUGAAGGAUCAUCGUCUACAAUUUGGGGACUUUCUGGUUUUCCGUUAUGAUGGUGAAUCGAAGUUUAAGGUUAAAAUAUAUGAUAGAACUUGUUGUGAGAUAGAUGUUGAAGUAGCCAAGAGGAGAAAUGGCCUUCCUGCUGCUCCCUCGGCGAAUGAAGGCUACCAAUUAGCUUGGGUAAAAGAUGAAAUUGUUGACCUGAAAACCGAAUACUACAACAGAGACGAUACUGAAAAUGCUGACAAGAGAAGAAAUAAUCAUAUGUCUGGAAAGCCGCCGAGAGUUGAGGAUGGUAAUAAAGAAACAUCAACUGGAUCCAUCAUCUUCAAAUCGGAGUAUUCAUGUUUUAAAGCAACUUUGAAGACAAGGUGUUCACGAUAUAGGAUGACGAUUCCAAAGGAUCUAGCCGUGACCAAAGGUCUUAUGAGUAAGAAGACUAUAGAAAUUGAAGACUCAACUGGGAGAUUGUGGCCUGCUAAACUUGUGAGUCUCACGUCUAAAGAGAACAAUAAGACUUGCAGCUUGGCCAUGUCAACAGGUUGGGGAGAAUGUUCUAAAGCCAACAAGAUUGCAGUUGGGGACACCGUUGUUUUUGAGUUUGUUAAACAAAGUGUAAUUGGACUUCAUAUUUUUAGAAAAGGUCUAGGAACAAGAGGAGGCAAUAAUAGGCCUAACUCUGUGAGGAUUCCAAACAAAUUAGUCAUGGUUAAAGGACUUACGAGUAAGAAGACUGAGAAGAUUCAAGAUCCCACCGGGAGAUCAUGGCUCGUUAAACUUCCUCUAGAAAGGUAUGAAUCCAAAGGGUACAGAUCUAGUUACGAUCGCUAUCACAUGGGAAGAGGUUGGAAAGAUUGUCGCAAAGCCAACCAGAUAUAUCGCAUGGGAACAACCUCAUUUUUUGAGUUUGUCAAGAACAGCAUAGUGCAACUUCAUAUCUUCAAGAAUUGGCAUUCUGUGGUACUUGAUGCUCCCAACUUCAAAGCAUAA